GUAACUCGUCAGGUCAAAUCGCGCUUCACCGAGAGUACAUCGUCCUCUCCUUCAUCAAGCUAUAUCGUUUCAUCGCGAGCUGAGAAGAGCUUUUGUUACUGUAGCUCCUCAACUCUCUUCAAUGGCCACUUUCCUUCUUCUCUCUUCUCCAUCUUACAGUCAUUGCAUUUGCAAAAGGGCAUCAAUCACAUGCUCCUCAGUUUGCCUUCAGAAAUGUAAUAUCAAGCUUUAUGCGGUACCUGUUGGAGCUUUUUCUUGCCUCUCUGCAUCAACACCUUCUGCUUCAAGUAGAGCUGCUUUUGGGGCUGAAAGGAAGCACGUUUCUUCUGCGUUCACUCCAAUUGGGUAUCAAAGGUCUGAUCACAUGCACUACCGUACUGAUUGUAACACGGUGGCUGAAUUUGAAGUUCAGUUGGAAGAAUUACUCAAUGAAGUCAGAACGUUGACCAUGAGCGGGAGGAAGAGUGAUGCUGUAGAGCUACUUCAAGCUAAUUAUGAAGCUGUAAAAGAACAAAUGGAAUCAGGCGCCGUUGGCAUUGAACAAGCUGCUGUUCUUGACAUCGUGGCUUUGGGGUAUUUAACUGUUGGAGACUUGAAGUUUGUUGCUUCUGUGUUGGAUAUAUUGAACAAGGUUGUUGACAGUCUGACAGACGGUGAACCCUUUCUGGAUUCAGUGCUUCUGCAUAUGGGGAGCAUGUACUCAACCUUAAAAAAGUUUGAGAAAUCAAUAUCUGUGUACAAGAGAGCAAUUGAUAUCAUGGAGAAAAAAUUUGGAGAAGACAGUAGCUUUCUUAUCACUCCAAUUUUAGGGAUGGCUAAAGUUCUUGGUACCAUUGGAAGAGCUGGAAAGGCAGUAGAGUGCUACAAUCGUGCAAUUUCACUUCUGGAAUCAAGCAGAGGCUUUGAGAACGAGGAUUUGGUUAUACCUUUGAUUAGUCUGGGCAAUCUUAUGCUCAAAGAAGGAAAAGGCAAGGAUGCAGAAACAUGUUUUGCAAGGAUUGUGAACAUAUAUGAAAAGUUAUAUGGAGAGAAAAAUGGAAAAGUCGGAAUGGCUAUGUAUUCUCUGGCUAAUGCAAAAUGUGCAAGAGGGGAAGCAGACGAAGCUGUUACCUUAUGUAGAAGAGCUUUGGAGAUUAUCAAGGAUUCAAAUGAUAUUGCUUUAGAUGACAGCACCAUUGAGAAGAUGAGGAUUGAUUUGGCAGAACUAUUGCAUGUUCUAGGAAGAGCGAAUGAAGGCAGAGAACUUCUAGAAGAGUGUUUGUUGAUCAAUGAAAGGUUGAAAGGAAAAGAGCAUCCCAGUUCAGUGAAGCACCUUGUAAACCUUGCCGCUUCUUAUUCACGGUCAAAGAAUUAUGUGGAGGCUGAGCGUUUGUUGCGAAUUGGAUUGGAUAUUAUGAUAAAGGCAGUGGGAUCUGAUGAUCAAUCAAUUACAGUCCCAAUGUUGAAUCUUGCUGUCACUCUUUACAAUCUAAAACAGGACAAUGAUGCUGAGCAACUUGCGCUUGAAGUCUUGCGAAUAAGGGAAAAUGCUUUUGGAAAAGAUUCACUUCCUGUUGGUGAAGCUCUAGAUUGUUUGGUUUCGAUUCAGAGCAGGCUAGGGAAGGAUGAAAGUGAGCUACUGAAGCUGCUGAAGAGAAUUCUUACAAUCCAGGAGAAAGAGUUCGGGGAAGAUGGUAAAGAGGUCAUCGACACCCUCAAGAAAAUAGUCUUCUGCAUGGACAAACUGGGAAUGAAAGAUGAGAAAUUUCUACUUCAAAAACGACUAUCCAUGCUGCGGAUGAAAUUCAAGAACCAGAUGCGAUACUAAAGUUAUGUGUACAGGCUAUGGUGCCACACAAAAUAGGUUCAACUCAAUCUAGAUGAGGUAGGCCCGCUAGAGGCUAGCCAGUACUAGGGUCACUGGAACAACCACUCGAGCCAAGGGUUCCCACCAGUGGUCCAACCACCAUUGAAUCUACUCGGUAACCUGAUUGAAUUUCCCUCUUCAACUUUUACUGCCGUCGUGAUGGAGAGAAUGCAAUCAUAGUUAAAUAAAAGUCAACAAAACAUGUGAGAGGAAGCGACAGUCCUGAGAUUUCAGAAAGUACAACUUAAAGUAUUGACGACGAGUCACUAAUUGUCGUUGAUAGAACUCUCAACGUUAUACGAAAUGCCUUAAAAGAGUGUCAGAUAUUGCAGUGUUGAUGGAAUUGGACAAUGCUUAUAUAUGGUGGGAGUCUGUUGAGAAGUUGAUCGACACCAGCGAAGGCAUCUUGACUUGGUCACAGUUCAAGGAAGCCUUCAACCUGCAGAGCUUAGUGUUACAAAGUUCUUCAACUUUAAAUGGGUGAAUUGAUUGGUCGAUGAGUAUGAAAUAAAAUUCAACAAUUGCCACAAAAAGAGUCUGAAGGACCUUUUGGAACUAUUUGUAAAGUUACUGAUCAAAAUUUCAAUAUUUGGAAAUUAUAGGGAUCAGAUAAGAACUUCAAGAUUUGACCAAAAGUGAUAUAUUCAUGAAUUUAUUACUCAAAGAAAAAUAUGAAAACUUCAAAGAGUAGUGAAGAAGAAUAUAGCUUUGUUUGGUUGCCCAAGAAUCUUAAGGUGACACAACGCUCCAUA